GCCAUCGACCAAGUGACAUCCCUAGUAUCUUCACAGCUACGUACAGCUAGAUUUCUUCUACAUUUUUAUAUACGAAUUUAUUGUUUUCCUGCGCUGUUGAUUGCAAUUACCGCACGGCAAUUAAAAGUCGCGCAAUCAAGGAGUACCUCCUGUCGCACCGUUAAACGCGAACGUGAAACGUGCCCCAAAACUGCGCCGCGCGCGAGAGCGAGAGAGAGAGAGAGGAGCGGAAAACAAGGAGGAGCUAGCUGAAAAGGCAGCAACAAAGAAGGUCCGGCAGGAAGAAAAAAAUACAAAAAGCGCGACAAACAAAGCUGUUCAAUUUGUUAAUGCACCAAGUCAAAAACUUAACUCCCAUACACACACACACACGCUCACCCACCCACACACGCGCACGGAGAGAGACUGCAGCUGCGGGCGCUCCAUAAAAGAGAGAGGAAAGCAUCGAUCGCUAGAGAGAGACUGCGACUGUGACUGUGACCGCGACUGUGACUCCGACUACGGCCAAUCAAACGGACGACAAAUGACGGAAUACAAACUCGUAGUCGUUGGUGCCGGCGGUGUGGGCAAAUCCGCGCUAACCAUCCAGCUAAUCCAGAACCAUUUCGUGGACGAGUACGACCCCACAAUCGAGGACUCUUACCGAAAGCAAGUGGUCAUCGAUGGAGAGACCUGCCUGCUGGAUAUCCUGGACACCGCUGGCCAAGAGGAAUACUCUGCCAUGCGAGAUCAGUACAUGCGAACCGGCGAGGGCUUCCUGCUGGUCUUCGCUGUUAACAGUGCGAAAUCCUUCGAGGACAUCGGCACCUAUCGCGAGCAGAUCAAGCGCGUGAAGGAUGCCGAGGAAGUGCCCAUGGUGCUGGUGGGCAACAAAUGUGAUUUGGCCUCGUGGAACGUGAACAACGAGCAGGCAAGAGAGGUGGCCAAGCAAUACGGCAUUCCAUACAUUGAGACGUCCGCCAAGACGCGCAUGGGCGUAGACGAUGCAUUUUACACACUGGUGCGCGAAAUCCGCAAGGACAAGGACAACAAGGGUCGGAGGGGCCGCAAAAUGAACAAGCCGAAUCGUAGAUUUAAAUGUGAAUUACUCUAAAAGGCCUCACAUCGGUUAUCAUUCACUUUUUAUUUCUUCAAAUGUCGCCUGUUUGUCUGUAUGUGCGUCGGCGAAUCGCCGAUCAUCUCGGGUUCGAUGUUUUGUCCAUUCUGGACACACAAUGCGAAAAACACACACAUGUGGGAGCGUGUUGGUCGGUGCAAUUGUCAGAUAAAAAGAGAGAAAUUGUAAUUAAUUUAAGUAACUAGAGUUUUAUGUACGUCGAAAUGAUUUUGUGAAUGUGUGUGUUUUGUGUCGUUUGAAAGGUUGCGAGGCGCCCUUUUAAGAGUAUUAACAAUAACAAGCAAACAAAAACGAACGAAGCAAAUCGAAAAUGAAAAUGAAUAUGUACCUCUACAUAAAAACUAUGAAUACUGUUGUAACUGCCUUGGUUCAGCUGCUAAAACCGUUUGUUUUCAACCAGCCCAAAAACUCGAUUCUAUGUUUGUACUUUACCCGAUAAACUGUGCUUAAAUCCGAUACGCAAGGCAAACCGAUUUUGUGUAUUUUGAGAACCCUGUUAUCAAUUGCUUUUAACCCGUCGUCAUAUACAGUCUUUUUCCGCACACACGCA